AGACAUCUCUAAUCGAACACCCAAACAACCCCUUUUAAACAGUUAUCGGCUGUUAAACAAGCACUCAGAAGGAAACUAGUUAGGGUUUUUCGACGACAGAGAAUAAAAUUUCCCUAAUUCAGGCCUCGGCUAAGCAACUAUGGUGUGCGAGAAAUGCGAGAAGAAGCUGUCGAAGGUGAUAGUGCCAGAUAAGUGGAAAGAAGGUGCAAGCAACACUACUGAAGCCGGUGGGCGUAAAAUCAACGAGAACAAACUCCUCUCCAAGAAGAAAAGAUGGACUCCUUAUGGAAAUACUAAGUGCAUCAUUUGCAAGCAGCAAGUUCACCAGGAUGCCAAAUACUGUCAUACAUGCGCAUAUUCCAAAGGAGUAUGUGCAAUGUGCGGGAAACAAGUUCUGGACACCAAGUUUUACAAACAAAGCAAUGUAUAGUAUGAAGAAGAUAUGAAUUGGGAUUCGCUUUUAGAUAUCAUGACCGAUUCUGUGAGUAAAAAAGUAAGAACUCAAUGAAUUUGGCACAUAGGCUAUUAUGGUUAAUGUGCUUAUGUUAUUCUGGGUGAAUCAUCUUUUUCCUGAUUCAUGAAUUGUAAUGCUAUAACUUUUCGGUAAAGUGAAUCUUUGUAGAUUAGAUUUCCUGUGAAUCAUGAUUCUUGCCGUAGUAUCAUGCGUGAUUAUGGUCCAGAGGCUUGAAAGGUUAGCUGUCCAGAUACAAAAGUUGUUGCUCAGAUGAUAAACAUGCAUGUAUGCUUCUGUUUAUAUAAUUGUUUUGUAUUAUCUGUCCUUUACAAAUCUAGUAGUGAGGAUGGUACUAUAGACUUGGUGCUUACACUUGGUAGUCUCAUUAAGCUUU